AUCAUUAAAAAUGACCUUUGACACUAGGUUUAUGAUGACAUCGUGUAUGCCACAUCAUCAUCUGGCCAUUAAUCGUUUAAAGACCGGUACUACCAACUGUCGAGGACGGGAGAUUAUCUAACUUUGUGUACUGUAAGUUAUUCUCCAGUGAUUUUAUUUCUGACAGUAGACAUGAGUAUCCACUGACUUGGUUCUUUCAUUCGCAUUCAGUUUUCUGCGCAGUUUACAGCAUCAGUGACGAUUUUAACACAGCCUAGUCAGCUACGUACGUACCGGCUAUGACAGCAUUGGUUUCAAUGACAGGGCAUGGAUAAAAUACAUAACGUUGGAUUUAUUCAUGGUAUGGCUGAUGUACACAGAAUCUACUUUCAGCCCACGGGUCAACAUUGUUCGUGGAGAAGCUAGUUAGUUAAGUGACUAUGAUCUACCAGUCCAGUAGGCAAUUCCUUAUCCGGAUCGCCGGGUAUUGGAAACCUCUUUUCAAAGGCAGAUUUCUCAUAGUUACCAACACAGUGAGCUGUGGGGCAAUGCUCGGUGCUGGGGACUUCAUUCAACAAUCAAGGGAAAGAAGGGGGAUCCCUGACAGACCUCGCGACUGGACUCGCACUGGUUGUAUGUUUGCGGUGGGAUGCUCGAUGGGACCGUUCUUGCAUUUCUGGUACGGGUGGUUAGACAAGGUCUUCGUGGGCAACGCUUUACCCGCUGUCAUCAAGAAAGUUCUGACCGACCAGCUGGUGGCAUCCCCUACUAUGGGUUUAUGGUAUUUUGUAGGUAUGGGAGUGAUGGAGGGUCAUACUCCGUUAGAGGGAUUAAAAGAAUUCAAAGGGAAGUUCUGGGAGUUCUACAAGGCAGAUUGGUGUGUUUGGCCAGCUGCUCAGAUGAUAAAUUUCUACUUCCUGCCUCCUAAAUACCGUGUGGUCUACGUAAACAUUCUGACACUGGGAUGGGACACCUACCUUUCUUACCUGAAACAUAGAGACUCGGUCCCAGCAGCUUUAGAUACAAGUGAGGAGACACAAGAGAGGACAGUGGAUGACGGCUCUUUGUCUCCUGUGAAACCUGAAGAGCUUUAGCUGGACCUAGUAGUGUUUCUUAUCAGUUAUGAAGUUCGGCAAACAUUUCCUUGCGGGUAGAAUGUUAUCGCUGCAAAGUAUGACAUUCUCUGUGUGUCUGUAUUUCAGUUUGUGUUUCAAUGUUUCAACCCUCCAUAAUGUAGAUCAGGGGUCACCAACCUUUUUGAAACUGAGAGCUCCUUCAAGGGUACUGAGUAGUAUGAAGGGCUACUUGUUUGAUACAAAUUUCCUGAAUAAAAAAGUUGCACAGAUCACUAUUCGAUUAGUCUCAAAUUAGAUGAUGAGAAGCUGAAAGAGUCUUUGUUUAAAGCUGUUGGGUUAGGCCUAGUUGUUAAAGAAGUGCUUCUUGGUGUUAUCAUCUGCGAUUAGUGUUUUUAAAUCAUGCCUUGCGGGCGACUCACGUGGUCCCUGCGGGCGACCAGGUGCCCGUAGGCACCGUGUUGGCUACCUCUGAUGUAGAUGAAUGUCUGAUGCAGUGUUUUAUCAAAGUCCCUCACUCCUAUGCAUCGCUCCAGAAAGAACAACAGUGUUGACAUUCAUCAGUCUUAUUUUUAAUAUAACUUUAGGUUUAUUAUUUAUUUGUAAUUUUGUAUUUAUUUCCUAAUUUAUUAAUGAUGUGACAGGUAACUGUGUGAUUUAGAAGAUUUUAAUAUUUUUCAAUGAGCUCCAAGAAAUUAUUUUAUUAAAAUGACUCCAGUUUUCUCCACCUUGUGAAAUGUAUUAGCACCUAUUGAAAUGUUGAGAAUGAAUUGUACCAUCCUGUGUAAACCACUGCUUGAUAGCCAAUGAUUGCCUUAUUACCAAUUAAACACUCCGUGACCAAGUUGUAAAUGAGUUCUUCAAGCAUAUGAAGUGUUUUGUUUUUAAUGAACAAACUGAAAAAAAAAACUCAGGAAAAUGUU